AUGGAGAUGAACAGAAAGAUUCUGGCGACUAUGAAGAUUCCGAAAGGAGUUGUGCAGUCGACAGUGAGCCGAACCACGGGAAACCCCCAACCACGACCACGACCACAGCCGGCCGAGCAAGAAAUGAUCGAAGGAGACACGGCGAGAGCUCUUUCCUGGAUGAUCAAUGAUAUGGAGCGCCUUGUGGAUGACCAGGAGAAGACGAAAGUUGUCGAUCGAUUGCCAGUGGAAAAGGUUGAAACUCCUGAGGCAGCUGGCUUCAGAUUAGGAGAAGCCGAACCGGAAACUGAAGGUCCCAGCCCGACGACAGUGAGCCCAUUUCCGUUCCCAGUCCCGGAGGAUGGUUUUGCUUUGAUCCGAUCCAAGAGGAACGUGAAGCAGAACAAGUACAAAAAAGGUUUGUUUUCUCAAAUAUUGUACAAUCCAUUUUCUGUUUCUAUUUCAGUUCUCUGGUCGUCGUGGAGCGAGUGGACCGAGUGCGAAUGUGGCAAACAAUCGCGCAAACGAAAGUGUCUCAAAUACAUUGAAUCAAAGUAUCCGUCCGAUAGUCGUGAGUAUUUGCAACGCGAGCGGCCACUGCUCUGACUUAUCAUCAACGUCAACUAGUUGCCGCAGCUUUUGAAUGAAAAUGAGAACGAAUGUAUUUGCAGAAGUCUUCGUGCCAAUAGAUCAAACCACAAACUCGAUAACGUUUGAAGAGCCCGCCGAGUUUCCCGAAUCGAUUCCAGAACCGGCGCCUAUUGAGGAAAGCUUGCAGAGGGUGAAAAGAUCUCUGAAAUGUCCGCCGCCGCAGAUUGAAUUCCGAUCGUGCUACUCGUCACUAUGUUAA